CCCACCCCCAGGUGAGGGAGCCGUCCAUGGCAGCCCUCCCUGGCCGCCUGUGUUGUUACCAGUGUGUGCCUCUACCCUCACCACUCAUUCUAAAUUUGUUCUCUUACAGAACACAGACCAGUUUUAUUUCCAUGCAGGCCAUCAGUUUAACACACUGGACCCUAGAGACUACAGUGAAUUGAUCCCCAGAGAGAGUAGUGCAGUAGACACAACACUGCAACAGACGUGGAGAUGGUCUCUCUCUGCAGCUCUAAGAUUAUAAUGUUGGGGAAGCACAUGAUCAACUUGUCCUCGAUACGCUUGACAGCUCCUGCGGUGUUGCCAUUGUGGACAACACAGGUGCGAUGUAUGUCAAGAGUAAAGCGGAGGCAUACUGUACCCCCAUUCUGGUUGCCUAAAGCUACAAGAGUGAUGUACCCUGAAGAGUUGACUUCAGAAAAUGAAGCAUUUGUGAGUGAAGUUAUUGCAGACCAGUAUUCUUCACCGUUGAAGACAGACCCAUGGGAAAGAGGAGUUUGGACUCCAAAAUCUCUUAGAUGUGGAGUCAUUGCACGAAAGCUUGGCAUAUACCCUUUGUGGACCAAAGAUGGAACAAGGCACUUAACAACAUUAUUACAGGUAUCGGACAAUCAUGUGAUUAAAUACAUACCACCUGAAAAGUUAAGUGAAUUUAGAGUUAGAAAACGGUAUAGAGAAGUUGGGGCUCUAAUUGUUGGGGCAGAUUCAGCUGAUCCCAGAACGGUUUCAAAGGAGUAUUUCAAUAUGUUUUCUGAUGCUGGGAUUCUGCCAAAGAAAAAAAUAAGUAAAUUUAUUAUCACACCUGAUGCCAAAUUAGCUCCGGGCACUCCUCUGUACGCAUCUCACUUCAAGCCAGGUCAUUAUGUUGAUGUUGCUGGUAUCACGAUUGAUAGAGGUUUUCAAGGUGUGAUGAAGAGAUGGGGUUUCCAUGGGAUGCCAGCUUCACAUGGAGUAACCAAGAGUCACAGACGAGGCGGAAAUAUUGGAAGUGGUGGUGAGAAGGCCAGAGUGCUCCCAGGCCAGAAGAUGCCAGGGCACAUGGGCAGAGAGAGGAGAAUUUUGAAAGCACUCAAGAUAUGGCGCAUCAAUACACACUACAAUGUUAUGUGGGUUCAAGGGCCUGCCGUCCCGGGUGCAACUGGUUCCUAUGUGUUCAUCUAUGAUACAAUUAUUCCUACUCGAAGACACACCACAGAAAAUCCUCCCCCAUUCCCAACUUUUUUUCAAGAUGAACAGGAAAUAGAAGAAGAAUUGUAUGAUGAAAUGUUACAUGUAUUUUCCCAGCCAUCAAUAUCAUUUGCUGAAAAAUGAGUUCAAAGAUUUCGGCAACAAAUGAGUUGGUAUUGCAUUACAUAGCAUGUUAAUUUUGUAAUAUAUGUCAAAGAUUAAACUACUGUAUGUACAUA